AUGAUUCGUAGACAAACUCGUCUUAGAAGAGAAUAUUUGUAUCGAAAGUCUUUGGAAACCAAAGAAAAGCAAAUUUUUGAAAGAAAACAAAAAAUAAAAGAAGCAAUUAAAGAGGGAAAACCUAUACCAACUGAAUUACGUAAAGAAGCGGCCGAACUUCAAAAGGAAUUACAUUUCGAUGAAACACAAAUUGAUCCUACUACACAUAUUGACGAUGAAUAUGCGAGAUCUGGUAUAUUUGAUCCAAAAGUUCUUAUUACAACUUCUCGCUCUCCAAGUAGUAGACUUUCACAAUUUUCCAAGGAAAUACGUUUGUGUAUUCCAAAUUCACAGCGUAUAAAUCGUGGUAAUUAUGUAAUAAAAGAUUUAGUUGACGCAUGUAAAGCAAACGAAGUCACAGACUUAAUAAUAUUACAUGAACAUCGUGGUGAACCUGAUGGAAUGGUGAUUUCUCAUUUCCCUUAUGGUCCCACGGCAUUUUUUUCUCUAAAUAAUGUUGUGUUAAGACAUGAUAUUGAUGAUCAAGGAACUGUUUCAGAAGCAUAUCCUCAUUUGAUAUUUAAUAAUUUUAAUAGCAAUUUGGGUCGUCGUGUUACAAGUAUAUUAAAAUAUUUGUUUCCGGUUCCAAAAGAAGAUAGCAAACGAGUAAUGACAUUUUCUAAUGAAAACGAUUUUAUUUCUUUUCGACACCACGUGUUUGUAAAGAUUAAUAAUAAAGAAGUACAAUUAGCUGAAGUUGGUCCGCGGUUUGAAAUGAGACUCUAUGAGAUUAAAUUAGGAACGAUGGACCUAAAGACCGCAGAUACUGAAUGGGUCUUAAGACCUUAUCAACGAACAGCAAAAAAACGUGAUCACCUUUAG